UGUGGGAGGCAGCCAUGGUCUGAGGCGCGCGCCUCACCUGUCGGCCGCGCCGGCUCCUGCGCUGGGCUCUCGGGCUCGUGUGCGCCGCACUCGCCGCUCGCCUUUCGCCGGGCAGGAGCGGUGGCGGCCCCGUCACUAUGAUACAUUUCAUAUUGCUCUUCAGUCGACAAGGGAAAUUACGGCUACAGAAAUGGUACACGACUCUCCCUGACAAAGAAAGGAAAAGGAUCACCCGGGAAAUUAUUCAGAUUGUUCUCUCUCGUGGUCACAGGACAAGCAGUUUUAUUGACUGGAAAGAGCUAAAACUUGUUUAUAAAAGGUAUGCUAGUUUAUAUUUUUGCUGUGCAAUUGAAAAUCAGGACAAUGAGCUGUUGACACUAGAGACUGUGCAUCGUUAUGUGGAGUUGCUGGACAAAUACUUUGGAAAUGUCUGUGAGCUGGAUAUUAUCUUUAAUUUUGAAAAGGCUUAUUUUAUCCUGGAUGAAUUUAUAAUAGGUGGAGAAAUUCAAGAAACAUCCAAGAAAUUAGCUGUCAAAGCUAUUGAAGAUUCUGAUAUGUUACAAGAGACAUUGGAAGAAUACAUGAACAAGCCUACAUUUUAACUGGAAGACUCUGAGUGCUGCAUGCUGGGGACUUGUAAAGAAGCAAUGUUUUGCAUCCAGUUAUUUGAGAAAGCCUCCAGCACCAUGCCAAAAAUAACUCAAAAGGGAUUUUUUUUUAACUAGCAAAAAUUAAAGUUGUUUAACAUA